AUUGGAGACAAAUACAAGAACGAAUUUCUCCAAAAAAUGAUGAAAAAAGAUUUACAAAAGCUUUAAAUUUGUUAACUGGGCUUCAAAUUUCUUGGUAGAAAAAUGGAUUUUACGUUAAAGAUAUCAUGUUUGUCAGUUAGUUUACCCAAAUUUACACAAAUUUCUCGGAUUGGUUCGUUUUCUGCGAUACCCAAUUUGAGAAAUUUGUCUAACAAUGUCAUUUUGGGAUCUCCGUCAACACGACGAGCAAUGCCAAAUGCUGUUGGUGAUGCUCACAAACAUAUAAGCAGUCUUGAAUCUCUGUUUUGCUAUGAUAAAUCUGUACCGGAAGAAAGAAUUGAGAAGCCAACUGGAUUGUCCUUGGCCAAGAAGAAUAUUGGAGACAAUCCUCAUUGUCCCAAGUGUGAAGCUAAAGGCGCUGUCCUUUGUGCCACCUGCUCCGGUUCGGGCCUAUAUGUUGAUUCUAUAAUGGAAAGUCAAGGGAUAAUCGUCAAAGUUAGAUGCUUAGGUUGUGGGGGUUCUGGUAACAUAAUGUGUUCGGAUUGUGGAGGACGAGGUCAUCUUGGACUUGCUUGAUCUAUCGGUUUGAUCUUUUGCCUGUUUGUCGUGAUGUAGGCUUUGGCUUUGUCAGGUAACAUGAAAAAGGCAGAGUUUGUUACACAUUCAAGAACAGCUGAAUCAAACUUAGCUUUGUGUAUCAGUUAAUUGUUUUUGCGGAGAAAUAACGUUAUCAGUUAGAUACCGCGAAAUUUCCUUUUAAGUAUAUCCGUUUUUGUUCUUGAUUCUGUUGAACACCAAAGAAUGUAGUAUAUCUUAAUGGAUGUAAAACAAUUUAGAGUUUUCAAGGGUAUAGUUUGCCUGAAACAGGCCACGUUAAUAUCCAUGCACUUUCUUUGUUA